AUGACUCAACCGCAAGGCUCCUUCUCUGCCCCGCCGCAAGUCGUCACGUUCGAUGGCGUUCUAUCGGACUUUGAUGGGACUAUCGUUGAUUCUACAGAUGCAAUCGUCAAGCACUGGCACAAAAUCGGAGCGGAACUAGGCGUCGACCCCAAGGUCAUUCUCGCUACCUCGCAUGGUCGCCGAAGUAUCGAUACCUUGGCCCUGUACGACACCACCAAGGCCAACUGGGAGUACGUCAGCUACAUUGAAGGCUGCAUCCCGAAAGAGUACGGAUCCGACGCCGUAGAAAUCCCCGGCGCCCGAUCCCUCCUCUCAGCGCUGGACGAAGCCGGCGCACGCUGGGGCGUCGUCACGUCGGGCACUCGCGCGCUGCUCGAAGGUUGGCUGGGCGUCAUGAACCUCACGCAUCCCGACAUUCUAGUCGUCGCGGAGGACGUCGAGCUGGGCAAGCCCGACCCCCGCUGCUACCUGCUGGGCCGCGCGAAGCUGGGAUUGGAGAACUCGUCGGCGCUGGUGGUGCUGGAGGAUGCGCCCUCGGGGAUCCGCGCGGGCAAGGCGGCCGGGUUCAAGGUGCUUGCGCUGGCGACGACCCACACGCUUGCCCAGCUCCAGGAAGCCGGGGCGGAUUGGAUUGUGGAGGACCUGAGGAGCGUUUCGGUGAAGGAUGUUAGCGAUGGCCAGAUUCAGUUGGAGAUUCGGAACGCUUUCCAAUAA